AUCAAGAAGAAGAAUACGCAGCGAGGACACUCUCCCUCGUUUAAAGUUCUCUCCACCGCCAGAUCUUUUGCACCUUUCAACCCUGCGUGAUUGAUAGAUUCUCCAGUUACUUGACUACUUUACUGUCUUCCCUGCGCGCUAACACACCACAAGCAUGCUAACCAGCUCGCUCUAGCUGGCGCCAGCGCAAUCCACAAGUCCACGCCGCAGCAGCUAUUCUCGAAUCUCCCUUCCCUCCUCCCCAAAUCUCUGCUCGCUCUGCUGCUUCUUCGUCUCUCUCCUUUCCUCCUUCAGUCGCUAAUACCUCGCUGCCCUCAUUGGCCGGCUUCGUGUUGUUCCUCAGGAGAAGGAAGAUAUACUACAAAGAUACGCCCAUCUUCCCCUCUAGCGCCUUCAACCCCUCCAAUCACUACCCUCACUGCUCAGCAUUCACGAACAACAUUCUCGAAGCGACGGUCCGUAGUAUAACCACGUCCUUGAUACCCGCCCCCGUUUUUGGCAUUCCCCUUUCAUGCUCAAUCUCGCCCGCAAGACUCUGCAGCGUGUGCCCAGCUUCCAGGAUAUUUUGCAAGGCAGAAUGUCCCACCCAGAUAUCUCGGUCGAUGUCUUGGUCAUCGGGGCUGGUCCCACUGGCCUAGGUGCUGCGAAGCGCCUCAAUCAGAUUGAUGGACCAUCUUGGAUGAUCGUGGACGCCAACGAGACCCCUGGCGGCCUGGCCUCUACAGAUAUUACCCCCGAGGGAUUCUUAUACGAUGUUGGCGGUCAUGUAAUCUUCUCCCACUACAAAUACUUCGACGAUUGCAUCGAUGAGGCCCUGCCCAAGGACGACGACUGGUACACCCACCAGCGCAUUUCCUAUGUCCGCUGCAAGGGCCUCUGGGUGCCCUACCCUUUCCAGAACAACAUCUCCAUGCUGCCCAAGGAGGACCAGGUCAAAUGCUUGGAUGGCAUGAUCGAUGCCGCCCUGGAAGCCCGCGUGGCCAACACAAAGCCCAAGGACUUCGAUGAGUGGAUUCUCCGCAUGAUGGGGAGUGGCAUUGCCGAUUUGUUCAUGCGCCCUUAUAACUUCAAGGUCUGGGCUGUGCCGACGACUAAGAUGCAAUGCGCCUGGCUUGGCGAGCGUGUCGCGGCGCCAAAUCUCAAGGCUGUGACCAGAAACGUCGUCCUGCAAAAGACCGCCGGCAACUGGGGUCCCAACGCGACAUUCCGCUUCCCCGCCCGCGGUGGCACCGGCGGCAUAUGGAUUGCAGUCGCAAACACCCUGCCCAAGGAAAACACUCGAUUCGGCGAGCAUGGCAAGGUCACCAAGGUUAAUGCUGCCAGUAAGACCGUCGUGCUUGCCGAUGGCACCACUGUCGGCUACCAGAAGCUCGUCUCUACCAUGCAAGUAGACACGCUUGUCGAGCAGAUGGGAGAUAAAGAGUUGGUCGACCUGAGCAUGGGCCUGUUCUACUCUUCCACCCAUGUCAUUGGUGUUGGCAUCCGUGGUAAACGCCCAGAGAGAAUCGGCGAUAAGUGCUGGCUCUACUUCCCUGAAGACAACUGCCCCUUCUACCGGGCCACAAUCUUCUCCAACUACUCCCCCAACAACCAACCAGCCGCCGACAAACGACUCCCCACCCAGCAACUUGCCAACGGCUCCAAACCCCACAACCAAACCCCGCAGCCAGGUCCCUACUGGUCCAUCAUGCUCGAAGUCUCCGAAUCGUCCCUCAAACCCGUCAACACCGCCACCCUCCUCGCAGACUCCAUCCAGGGCCUCGUCAACACCGAGAUGCUCCAGCCCACCGACGAGAUCGUCUCGACCUACCACCGCCGCUUCGACCACGGCUACCCGACCCCGUCCCUCGAGCGCGAGGGCGUCCUCACCCAGCUCCUCCCGCGCCUGCAGGCGCAGGACAUCUGGUCGCGCGGCCGCUUCGGCAGCUGGCGCUACGAGGUGGGCAACCAGGACCACUCGUUCAUGCUUGGCGUGGAGGCCGUGGACAAUAUCGUCAACGGCGCCGUGGAGCUGACGUUGAAUUAUCCGGACUUCGUCAAUGGGCGGCAGAAUGGGGAGCGGAGGCUUGUGGAUGGGGCGCAGUUGUUGGCGAAGAAGAGGGAGAUGAAUUAA